UAACUGACUGAACUAGACUUCGCCUUUCUCCUCCCUCGCGCUGUCUCAGUUUCUCAUUGAAACUGAAACUCAUUCUAGGUUUUAGGGAUUUAGAAAGAUUUUAGGGUUCACGGUUUAGAUUCGAUUGUCUUAGCAAAUUUUUUCAAUUCAAAUUAUUUCCCCUCAAUAGGAAAUUUUUUGGGAGAUUUCCGCGCUAAUUUUCUCUACCCAUAACAUGCCAUUGCUGUACUACAAAAAGAAGAAGAAUGAUUGAGAAAACCAAGAAACUCAUGAAGGGAUCCUUAAGCGAAGAAGACAUCUCCACUCUCCUACAAAGGUAUACGGCGACGACAGUGCUGGCGUUGCUUCAGGAAGUGGCGCAUUGUCCUGACGUUAAGAUCGAUUGGAACGCCUUGGUGAAGAAUACAUCAACUGGAAUUUCUGAUGCUCGGGAGUAUCAGAUUCUAUGGCGCCAUUUAGCCUAUCGCCACGCUUUGCUCGGUAAAUUGGAAUAUGGAGCACAUCCUCUGGAUGAUGAUAGUGAUUUAGAGUAUGAAGUUGAAGCUUUUCCUACUGUUAGCAGUAAUGCUUCGACAGAGGCUGCAGCAAGUGUAAAGGUAUUAAUUGCCUCUGGUUUACCAAGUGAGUGUAGUCUCCCAGCCAGCUCAAUAGUUGAGGCUCCAUUAACUAUAAAUAUACCUAAUGGUUGGUCAUCCAGAGUUCCUUCAGAAAACUCAGAAGCCACUUGCUCAAUGCAAGGGACGAACAUUACUAUUCCUGUUUCUCUUCAGAAAAUGCCCCUUCCUGCAGCUACACCUGUAGAAGGAUUGGAUGCAAAUGGAUCAGCAAGUAGCAUGCCUCCUCGAAGGAAAAGAAAACCUUGGUCAGAGGCAGAGGAUAUGGAACUGAUUGCUGCUGUGCAAAAAUGUGGUGAAGGAAAUUGGGCAAAUAUUUUAAGAGGAGACUUCAAGGGUGAUAGGACUGCUACACAGCUAUCUCAGAGGUGGGCAAUUAUUAGGAAGAGACGUGACAACUUGAAUGUGGGGCCUAACUCCACUCGCUCACAACUUUCUGAAGAAUGGCGGGCAGCUCAUCAUGCAAUGUCCUUAGCCCUCGAUAUGCCUAUUAGAAACUUACCAGUAGCACGCCCUGCUGGCAUGAAUACAACCAGCAACUCUGUGCUUCCUCCUGCCGCUCUUCCCAGCGGUGUUUUACAAGUCCAAGACCAGCCUUAUGAAUGCUUCGAUGCUACAAAAUCCUCUGCCAUUGGGUCAUUGGGUUCCAUAUCAAAAUCUCAAUCCUCCAUAAAACCUAAAACAAGGCCUACUCUUGGUUCAGAUUCUGCGUUGAGAGCAACUGCAGUUGCUGCUGGGGCCCGCAUUGCUUCUCCAUCAGAUGCUGCGUCAUUUAUUAAGGCUACUCAGGCAAAGAGUGCUGUCCAUCUCAAACCCACAGAUGGUUCUUCAACCAAAUUGUCUAUGCCUGGUGGUGUGUCAACACAGUCAGAUACUCAAACUAAUGUCCGCUAUAUUUGUCCUGGACUUGAAGCCAAACCUUGUUCCUCCUAUAAUGCUGGCAAUGUCACAAAUACUGCUGUACAUACUGGUUCAGUAAAAGCUGUCUUGCCAACAGUUCAGCAUGCUUCAUCUUCUUUUGCCAUAGCAUCGAAUUUGUCAUCUGAGCAGGCUAAUGCUGUUAGCUCUACUCUGCCCUCUGAAUUCCUGCCAAAGCAAGAGGUUAUGACUGCAGAGGAGAUCAAAGUUUCCAAGUCAGGUUAUGCACUCAAAGAAGUCGUGCAAGAUGGAGCUCGUGCCUCACAACAUGCACAGAAAGAGCAAGUUAAGGAUGAAGCCCUUUCAGCGGACUUGAAGACACAUUUCAAAAAGCAAAUGGCUGAUGUUAAAAAUUCUGUUAGUUCUUUGAACAUGAAGACAGCUGAAAGUGACAACCAGGGCGAAGCUAGGCAAAACGUACAUGAUCAUUUGAUGACCGGUUCACCAGUUAGAGGUAACAAUCAAUCUGCACUCGAGGAGAACUGUGAGAAUCAAGGUGCACACUAGAUACAGUUAGAUUCGGCAACAAUAAUAGCAGAUGGAUGCAGUGAAAAGUCAAGGGUUUUAUGCAAAAAUGAGGCUGGCAAUGAGAUUGAGGGGAGAAGAACGUUAAUUAAUCUGUGAAAUUGUAAAUUUAAUGAAAACUUAUCAAUGGUAUACUUUUUUUUUUUAAUUUUUUCAGAGAUGAUGGUAUCGCCUUGGAGG